UGGGCGCCGCGGGGCCGGGCGCGACUUGGCGGCUGCGGAGCACGGGGCGGCCCGGCUGAGGGCGCGGAGGGCGCGCGGGAAAGAUGGGAAAUGCCUCCAACUCCUCAGCAUUCAUUUCCACCUUAACAGAGCAAGAAGACCUCAUUUUUGGAACCCUUUAUUCACUCUUUGGCAUCAUCUCUCUCUUUGGGAACUCCCUGCUCCUGCUGGUGGCCUAUCGGAAGAGAUCCAUGCUGAAGCCUGCCGAAUUCUUCAUCGUGAAUCUGGCCGUCAGUGACCUGGGCAUGACACUGACGCUCUUCCCUCUGGCCACCCCCUCCUUCUUUGCACACAGGUGGCUGUUUGACCAUGCAAUGUGCACAUUUUAUGCCUUCUGUGGAGUGUUCUUUGGCCUGUGCAGUCUAACCAGUCUCACAGUGCUAAGCACAGUUUGCUGCCUGAAGGUCUGUUACCCAACAUAUGGCAAUAAAUUCUCUCCCACCCAUGCUGGCAUCCUGUUACUGUGCAUCUGGGCCUAUGCACUUGCCUUUGCUAUAGCACCGUUAGCUGACUGGGGCAGUUAUGGACCAGAGCCCUAUGGAACAGCCUGCUGCAUUACGUGGAAAGCUUCAACCAGAGAGGCAAUGGUCUAUGUCGUGGCUCUCUUCAUCUUCUGUUACAUCAUCCCCUGUCUCCUGAUUGUCAUCUCCUACUCACUCAUCCUUUGGACUGUGAAAGUGUCCAGAAGAGCAGUGAAGCAACAUAUGUCUGCACAGAGCAAAAACAACAGUGUGCACAGUCUGAUUGUAAAGCUAAGCAUUGCUGUAUGCACUGGAUUCCUGACUGCCUGGACCCCUUAUGCCAUCGUUGCCAUGUGGGCAGCCUUCGGAGAUGCCAGCCAGGUCCCGGUUCUUGCCUUUGUGAUCUGUGCUGUGUUUGCCAAGUCCUCCACACUCUACAACCCUCUGGUGUAUCUGCUCUUCAAACCUAACUUCCAGAAAUUUCUCUCCAAAGACCUGUCGCUGCUGCAGGCCAUCCGCGCUAUCCUCUGCUGCAGCCGCCAAAGCAUCGUCACACUCCAGUCCUUCCCCACCAGAGAAGGCAGGACAUCCGUCCGGUUCUCCACAGCCUUCGCCGACCGCCAAGGGCCCUGCAGGAACUGCAGUGACACCUUUGAAUGUUUCCGUAACUACCCCAGGUGCUACCAAUUCACCCAGAGCCCCAAUGCCAUGCCCAGACACCAUCCUCUGAGCUUCCUGACAGAUGGGGGUACUUGCCAGCCAGCUCUGAAAAGGACCAUGCAGGUCAUGGUUCUGGUUACAAGGAAGAAGUCAGGCAUGGGGACAAUGAAUGUAGCAGGAGAAGUCCUGCCUUCAGAUAUUGUGAAAGAUCUUCUCUGAGCAUUCAGAGAGCCCUACAGCUCCUGGGCUUGGCUAGGUCUCCAGGCACUAGCCAUCUGGGAACAGUUCAGGAAUCUCUAUUGUGUUCAUCUGAUGGGUCUCAAAGCAUGUUUUGCAGAUGAGGUGAUACAGCAAACUCGAAAGCAGCCUUACCUCGCCUUCCAUUUUUGCUGUUGCAACUUGUGCUCACAACUUGCACUAGUAAAAAUGGAUGCCAGUGUCUGAAGAAUCUGGCCCUGGUAGAAUUACAUGCUGCAUUUUCCAAGAAAUAUGCUCUCAGGGCACUAGAUUCCCUCCACCCCAUAUUAUGGUGCUUUUACGACCAAGCCUGACCUUGGUUCUCUUGAGAAGCAUUGUCCAGCACAAAGGUCUAGGAGCUAGGAAGUCUUGAACUAUGAUCCUAGCUCCAACACUGACGCCUGUAGCCUUAGGCAAGUCAGUUUUCCCAUCUGUAAAUGGGAAAUAACACCACUUACCUACCUCACUGAGGGUUGUAAGAUUAACAAGUCUGUGUUGGUGAAGGGUUAUAAAUCUGAAAAGCCCUAAGCAUUAUAGAUCUCUCAAGAGACGCUACCCUGCACUUAGCUGUAUUACCCCAUUCCCUCAGUGCUACUGCAAAUAACCACCACUCUAUAAUAUAGAACAGAGGCCUGUCCUUAGAAGCAGGAUUUGGAUCUAAAAUAAUCUCAGUGCAAGGUUCCAGGUGCUGCUCCCUUGGAGCAGUGACCAUGGCUCCACAGCAUCCUUUUUUGGUGGGUUUAUAGUGACAAAAACAUCUGGGGUGUAUUUGUCAACUGAGCUUUUAGUUUUCAUUUAAAGAAUACUGUGUGGGCAGCACAUCCCUAGGGGAAGCAACUGGGCUGGGGAGAGCAAAAAAGUCAUUAAAAACCCUGCUCCUAAGCUUAGUAAAAUCAAUGGAAAGAUUUUCCCUCAAUUCUCCAUCCCUAUUUCUAACUAGAUGCAGGGCCCUGUCAUAGGGCGAUAUAUUAGGCAGAAGGCAAUGGAAGCCAGGGGGGUAUUGGCCAAUGCAUUCAGCCUGGUCACCCUGCACUGUCCUAUUGUUUUCUGUUCCCAAAACUCCACUUUCUCUGGAAGAUGAGGAUGGGCAUCAGAGGCACAAAGAGACACUACAAAUUUAUAACAACUCUAAAAAGCCCCGGAAGGCAAACAAUUUGCUAUAAUAUCUGGAUAUAUACAGUAGGGCUGUGCGAUAUCUGUUCCAUUUCAACUUGAGUUUCAAGGUUUGAAUGGAACAGCAUUCUGUUUCAAAUUUCAUUUCGAGUUGAAACGGUUGUUCUGUUUCGCUUCAUUGAAACGGUGAGGCUGUUUCGACGCUGUUUCGAUGUUUCGUCUGACCAUCGCACUAGGGAAAGGAACUCAGCCCAGCUGGGCUGAGUUCCCAUCCCCCAUGCUAGAUCGGGCUGGGGAUGGGAAGCUAGGCCAUUUGGGCUGACUUCCCAUCCCCAGCCUGAUCAUAGCGCUUGGGAGGGGAACUGAGCCCAGACUCAGUUCCCUUCCCCUGUGCUGUGAUCGACUUCCUGCAGCCCGGCGGCAGAAGAUGGGGACAGCCAGGGCUGUGCUCCCGGCUGCUGCUGGGAGUGCAGCCCUGGUUCUCCCAUCUCCCACCACCUCGCUGCUGGCUUCAAAACUCGAAACGUUUAGAAAGUUUCAAAACAUUUCAACUAGCCUCAUUUUAUUUCAAGGCUGUUUUGAAGCCCUUUGUUUCGAUUCGAUUUCACUGUUUUGAGCUCAAAAUGAGUCAAAACAGUGUUGAUUCAAAACAGCCGGCGAAAUUCUGCACAGCCCUAAUGUACAGGACCUCCUAAACAAAAUGCACACCAAGGCAGAGAAAAAAAAUCCUGCCCCUUUGAGGAAAUUCACAAUAAAAAAUGAAACUCUGCACGUACCAUUCUGGCAGUGCCAUGUCCAAGAAAAUCCAGACUAGAGAAGAGUGAAGAGCUAGAAGACAAUCAAUGCCCCACUGGCAACUGGAGUUACAUAUCCCACCACAUAAAAUAAACCAUACAAAGGAAAUGCCCCAGGAUGCACAGGAGCAACAUGUUGGACACUAGAUGCAGUGUGAUAGGAUACGGAAAACAUUUUUAAGACCCCAUAGAGACAUACUGGUUCCCAAGAAGGCUAAACAAAUGAGCAAGAGAGAACAAUACACGCUGGAGCUGCACCAGACCAUGAGGGGACUACACACACACAUUCUGGCUGCACUGAAAGCAAUACUUUUUGGAAGAUCCCCCCCUCGAUACUGGAAGAUAGACAACAAAUAUACUCUGUUUAGGAGACAGAGAAAGGAAGAAUGGAAAAAGAUACAAUAUGUUUAACAGGUAAGGGCCAGAUUUGAUACCCGGCUCACACUGAAUAGUAACAGCAUAGCCACUCGUUUUAGCAGGGCUUUGCAUGGCAUAAGGUUCUACUUAAUGUGAGCGAGAGGGGGCAAGAUUUGGCCCCGGUAAACAAAUUGUCACAUCUACUGGAGUGCCAGAGCAUCUCUGAUGUGACGAGAAUUGCUCACAGUAUCUGCACUGAUAUGCAGGCAAUCAUAUGCCUAAGAAACCCCCAUGAAAUAUGGAAGCUGCUUCUAGAAUCAUUAACCAAGUGCAAUUAAAUGAGAUUAAAACAUUCUCUCCCCUCUCAUGCCUUUUAACAUAGAGCACAGUACUGGGAGUCCCCUUUGCAGCUUCUAUUUCCAGCCCUUGCAUCAUCUUGGGAGAGUCACAAAACUGCGCUGUGCCAGAGUUUCUUUAUUUGUAGGGCAGCGAUGGAUGCAAUCACUGUUUCUGAAGCUGUUUUAGAUGCUCAGAUGUCAGCGUGAAGCCAGUCUCAAGGUCAGGGAGCUGCGCUGCUCAGAAUCCAGCCCCCUUUGCUUUCACACUGUGUUUAUCCACAAUGGAAAUCACGAUGGGAGGAACAACACAGCUCCUUUCCUCACAGAUUUCACGCUGCUUUGCAAUCAGUCAGUCUUUAAGUGAGUCUCAGCACACCCUGUGAGGUCAGCGAGGAUUGUGACACCCAUCCACAGAUGUGCAGAGAGGUGAGGGGACAGGCUUAACGUCAUGGAGAGAGCAGUAGAAGAGAGAGUAAUAAACCCCAGUUCCCUGGAGCAGAGUUGGAGCAUGUUUUUCCCCGUUAUAGGUAAUGAGAUAAGCAUAACAGUAGUUUUCCACAUCCAUGUUUCAAUAUCUUUCAUAAACUACACGGCUCCGCAGUCUGUUCAGCAGCAUGGCGGAGGGAGGGGCGUUCAACCACUGAAGCGCUUAACCAGAAUGGUAAACUAUUUUCUCUCUUGAGCUACUGGAAAAGAGCAUCUCAUAUAGACAGUGCCACUGUGUUAGCAUAUUGCUCUGUAUUCCUUCCACAGUGCACAAUAAAUGACUUGUCUUCUGUAUUCUGCAAUCAGAUUCUUAUCUUGUUCUUCUGGAUUCGACUCUCCACAUACAGAUAUUACUAUUCUUAGUAGGCACUUUGUGAGCAGUGAAAUAUUGUUGUCUUUACUUAAAACUCAUAUAGCAGUAUCUUCUACUCAAAGAGCACAAAGCACUUUAAAAUUAUUUAAUUUGCUGAGACUCCCUUAAGAAAGAACAGUAUUCUCCCCAAUUUACAGACAACUGAGGCACAAGAAGCAGAAGUGACUCAUCCAAGAUCACACAGCAGGGCUGGGAAUACAAGUCCGGCCGCCCAAUUCCAUGCUCUGUGCAUUGACCAUAUUUCUGUUCAAGUUCAAAAUACUGAUCCAAAGGUGCCUUAAAUCUCUAAGGCUAAGAAUGGCCAUGGGAUCGAAGAGGAAACCACGUCAAACAUCCCCACUGAGAGGGAAUUACUUUGUGUGUGGAAAACAGGAAGGAGGCAAUGUUAACAUAAAAUACCAUCCAGAAGUGUCUUUAAUUUCAUAUUGGAUGUGGGUCUCGCACAAGAGAAAUCUGUGGGUGCAAAAUUUCCACUAAAUAAUCUCACCCACUUCAACAGUGCUUCUUGCAUCAGUGCAAUAUCAUCCCAAGGAAAGCAACAUCCAAAGGCGGCAAGAUGAAGAGACCUCUGGAAAUAGCUGGUUAAAUGAAAACUGGUAUCAGAAAUUCAGCUGUGAAAGUUACACCUGUUGAUCUAGAUGGCUGCAGAGGGUAACCUCUGAUCCUCCCAUGCCUAGGAGAGAAAAGGGGGUUCAGGCGACUGCCCUGCCCCUGACUGAGCUGCAAUCAGUUUGUUUUUCCUCACCCCACCAAGCAGAUCGUCAUGAUCUGCAACGGCCUCCAGGGCCCAAACAUCUUCACGUCUUCUGUGAGUUCUUCACUUGUCAUUUCAAUCCUUGACAGAACUGACACACCUUCCCGCCCCCUUUUCAAUGAAUAUAGAACAAGGCACUAUGCAAAUGCACAAGCGACUUAUACAGAAAAAUCCAGAGCGAUAACACUUUAGAUGUGUCAACCAGAUACUGUACAAGCUGUAAACAUUCCCAGAAGGGACAGAGGGCUGGAGCCAAGAAGAACAGAUAAUGUGCAAGGGAAUAGGAUCACAGGGGGGAUGGAUAGAAGACACCUACUCCUCAUCACCUAGGGUAGCACCUUGGCCCUACUGAAACAAAUAGCAGAACUCCCAUUACUUUGAUGGGGUUGGGAUUUUGACCCCAUACCUCCCACUCUAAAACCCAUAAACAACAGUUCCCUACUGUGUAUCUUCUAGAGGCUGUGUCUCCUCGAGGCUUGAAGAGGAUGACAUAGGCAGGCACUAUUUGAGAGUCAGGGUGUUAGCCCCAGUGGUGUGGCCCCAUUCCAGCUUGGGUCAUUAUAUUCUUCGUACCUUUAUUCCCUUGGCAACUCCCAGUAAAUAUAGUACCCUUCAUGUCCUUUCCUUAGACUAUUGUGUAGUGUUGCUAUGGAUUGUUGAAGAGUUGCUGCACUUUAACCCAGAGGUGACUGCACUUCUGCGGCAGGCAAAAUGACGACUGUAUAUCCAGUCAAUCUAGUCAGCAAGGCUUGUAAAAGCACUUUGGGAUCCAGCUAGACUGAAGGUGCUUUCUACAUGUAUGAUCAUUAUCAGCUACUGCUGCGUAAAUAUAACUAGCAUGUGAUAGCAUGACUGUCAUGUAAAAGGUAGCUCAUGCUUUUGUCCGUUAGUGGUCUCUACUUAGCCACUUCUAGCAAUUUCCCCAUGAUGUGAGUGGGUCUAUGAGCCGGAACGGGUCUCAGAUUUUCAGAACUGGCUGCACUGUUAUACCCCAGACACUGUGAUAUCAUGUAUGUGCACAGGAUGUGUAUGUGCAAAUGAUCAGUUAGAGAACAGGAUUUAUGCACUGUGGAACAGCAAUAACUGAAGUCAAGUUAGGUGCAAAAUUUUUGGAAGUCUGGGCUUUGUUUUCUAACUUAUUCUAUGCAAAAAUAAAAAAACCUUGCAAUAUUUGCAAAAGCUGCAAAAACAAAAUCAGAGCAGCAAGUGAAAGAAACAAAACCAACAAAACAAAGAGAACAAGUUUCAAAUGUUUGCAAACAUUUAUAAGUGUUAGACACUUUGACCAGUCAAGACUGAAAAUCCCAUUCAAGCCAGGUCAAGACAUAGUCACCAAUUUCCACACAAAUAUGUAGGGCUACCACUGUGAAUGCCCACACUACAAUCGUACCCCUGGCACAUGAGGAAAUAAAUACUCUACUUCUCUGUUAAAUAUUCAUUGUCUUGCAGAAAUUGUACAUUUUUAAAAUAAAUUUGCUCAUGAAAAA